AUGGAAUCUGUCCUCAAAUCUGGUGCAUACUCUGAUCUUACCAUCACUUGUGGUAACGAUACGCACAAGGUCCAUAAGGUCAUUGUGUGCGAGCGCGCUGAGUUCUUCGCUCGUAACCUGAAAUUUGGCGGAAAGGAAUCAGAGAGUAGUAUCAUCGAUCUUCCUGAAGACGAGCCAACAAUUAUUAAGCUUUUGAUUCAGUACCUCUAUGAAGGCGAAUACGAGCCUUUGCUUCCAGACGACGAAUCUCGAGAAGCUUUACUUGCAGCCAGGAUCGGUCGCCCGAAACAUGAUCCCCAUGGGCGAGCGUACAGCUACCAAUUUCCCCACUCAUGCAGCCAACCCGAGCCGUCAAUACCUCCGCCAAACAGUGAAUCUGAUCAACUCCUCCUUCACGCCAAGAUGUAUGAGAUUGCGGACAAAUACGACGCAGUUGGACUCAAGGAUCUGGCCAUUGAGAAGUUCAAAUGGGCGUGCCAGUAUCUCUGGGACGAUGACAAGUUCUCCAUUGCAGCUGACCAUGUCUUCUCCACCACCCCCGACCAUGACAAAGGUCUGCGCGACAUUGUCAGUGAGACAAUCGGCGCACAUAUGGGCUUAGUCAAGAAACCCGAAGUGAAGGUCCUCUUGACCGAAUUCAACGGUCUUGCUUUGGGAGUUCUAGAGAAGAAGAUCAUAGAGCAUGGUUGGUAG